GGGAGGAGAACUGACGUCAGCGGGAGAGUAUUAUGGUCUGUCGUGCGCUGGCUGCUGCUUUUCUGCUCCUGGAAGCGGCCAAGGGGGGAAGCGGCGAGUCAACAUGGAGCUUUCAGCGGUGGGGGAGCGGGUGUUCGCGGCCGAAGCCCUCCUGAAGCGGCGCAUACGGAAAGGACGCAUGGAGUACCUCGUGAAAUGGAAGGGCUGGUCGCAGAAGUACAGCACAUGGGAGCCCGAGGAAAACAUCCUGGAUGCCCGCCUGCUCGCAGCCUUUGAGGAAAGGGAACGGGAGAUGGAGCUCUAUGGCCCCAAAAAGCGAGGACCCAAACCCAAAACCUUCCUCCUCAAGGCCCAAGCCAAGGCAAAGGCCAAAACCUACGAGUUCCGGAGUGACUCGGCGCGAGGCAUCCGGAUCCCCUACCCUGGACGCGCCCCCCAGGACCUGGCCUCUACUUCUCGAGCUCGUGAGGGCCUUCGGAACAUGGGUCUGUCCCCACCAGGAAGCAGCAGCAGCCCUAGCAGCACCUGCCGAGUGGAGCCCCCUCGGGACCGGGACCGAGAGCGGGAGCGUGAGCGGGAGCGGGAACGAGAGAGGGAGCGCGAGCGCGAGCGGGGUGCCAGCCGCACGGAAGACAAACCCAGCUCACCCGGAGACAGCUCCAAGAAGCGAGGCCCCAAGCCCCGGAAGGAGCUCCUGGACCCCUCGCAGAGGCCCUUGGGAGAAGCCAGUGAUGGCCUCGGAGAUUACCUCAAGGGCAGGAAGCUGGACGAGGCCCCUUCUGGGGCAGGAAAGUUCCCAGCUGGCCACAGCGUGAUCCAGCUGGCCCGGAGGCAGGACUCGGACCUGGCCCAGUGCGGUGUGGCCAACCCCAGCCCGGCGGAGGCCACGGGCAAGCUGGCUGUGGACACCUUUCCGGCCAGGGUCAUAAAGCACAGGGCCACCUUCCUGGAGGCCAGAGGCCAGGGCACCAUGGACCCAGGUGGCCCCCGGGUCCGGCAUGGCUCAGGCACCCCCGGCUCUGUGGGGGGCUUGUAUCGGGACAUGGGGGCCCAGGGGGGAAGGCCCUCCCUCAUCGCCAGGAUCCCAGUGGCCAGAAUCCUGGGGGACCCAGAGGAGGAGUCCUGGAGUCCCUCUCUGACCAACCUGGAGAAGGUGGUGGUCACCGACGUGACCUCAAACUUUUUGACCGUCACCAUUAAGGAAAGUAACACGGACCAAGGUUUUUUUAAAGAGAAAAGAUGAAUUGCUGGGUGGGUGAUCCCAGGACAAGAGAGCAGGAGAGAGAGUGGGAGCGCAAACUUGGCAUAACGCUUUUUGUUUCUGGGUGGGAGGCGCCUUCCGGCCGGCCCCGUCCCUAACUUCACACGCCCCGCCUUUUCCGUUCCUCCUCCCUCCCCUCAGUUUUGGUUGGAAAGAUUAUCUCUAGAGUUAUAUUUUCUAUUAGAUGUAAAUAUGUUAUUUAAGAAAAAAUAUCUAAAUAUAUAUAUUUCAACUCUUGAAGUUGUUUUAUUUAAACAAGGAGAGAGAGAGAGAGAGACUUAGUGUGGUUUAGCUGGGGCAGACGGGCUGAGUCGCCGCCCCUCGGCCACCCAGGGCACUAGGGAGGCUGGGCACCUGGGUACUGGACCUCUGAUGGUGUCCGGAGGGACUCAGCCUACCCACCUCGCCCCUCCUCCCUUUUCCCACAGCCCCUUGGCAGACCCCUGGAACCGAGCAGGACCCGGGUUUUCUCUCUCCUCCCAUUGGCCCACCAGGCCAACAAAAGAUGGGCUCCCCAAUCAGAAAAAAAGGGGGUGGGGUCAGUGUGUUUUGCAUUUUUUUUUUUUUUUAAAGAUUGAGAAGUCUGUUGGGGGGGUGGGAUAGUCACUUGGAUAACUUUUGUGUGUGAUGUUGAAGGUAAAAGUUGCAGGUGGGCGGGGACCAGCAGAUCCCCCCAGGACCACAUCAGGAAAUGCACUUUACGGGAGCUGACGUGUGUGUGACGCACGCCGAUCAGAUCGUGUGUAUGUCAUGUGGACAGAGUCUCCCGGUUCCCUCGAUUCCUUUCCUUACUCCACAGAAAGAAAAGAAAUCCAGCGAAUCUGUUUACAUUCCCGAAAUGCCAGGAUAGACCGGGAGGAUUGCAUGUCCGUGCCCAGAGUUCGAGACGGUCGUUGUUUUCCAGGAAAAGUGUUUGGGGGUGGACAGUCUCCUUUCCGCGUCCUCUAGCCUCGCCUGCAGAAGAGACGGUGGCCCCCGCCUCCCGGGAAGAGUUGGACUGGCCUGCCUCCCUCGGGGAGGGCGGGCCGCCGGCGCUCGCACGGACGCACGGCCAGGCAGGCCCACCCUGCGGGACCACGGAGGGAGGCGCGGCGGCGGGCGCGGCCGGGAGCGGGGGCUCCGCGCCCAGGCCUGGCGGGGAGUACGGCGGGGGCUCGGGGGCCCGCAUCCCCGGCGGCUCCUGCGGGCGAGGGGAAGGAGGGGCGAGGCGAGGUUUUCAUCCAAGAAUGCGCAUCCGAACUUUUGCUUUUCCCUCCCUCCCCCCCCCCUUCUUAAAAGCAAAAGCUAUAAUUUAUAGGCCUUUUCGAUUCGCGGAGUGUUCUCUAUUUGAACUCGACAUUCAAACUCCGCCAAAGGGGGCGGGAGGAGCGGGAGUUGAAAAGACACGGCCGCGGCGGGGGAGGCCGUGCGCGGCGGCGGGGCCCGGGCGCCCCCGUGCGCUCCAGGGACGCAGAACGCGCGCCCCUCUUUGGACUCGAAAGCACAAAUCUGUUCCCCUCCCCCCCCCCCCCGACCCCUUCUUCUCUUCGAGGACUGAUCCCUGACCCCCGGCCUCCCCCGCCCUGAAAGGGCUAGGAAGAUCCGACUGGCCGCUGCUUGUCUAGGGAGGGCGUGGGGGCCCCCGCGCGCUGGCGGGGGCACGACUCGGGGCGAGCCGGGCGGGGGGCCGGGGCUGGGGGAGCUUCUGGAUGGGGUGCAGGGUGGGAGCUGGAGCCUCGUCCUCCUCUGCACUCCUCACCUCCCCGCCUCCCUCUCUCCUCCAGACUUGCCUGCCUUUAGAGGGGCAAAAAGAGGAAGCCGGUGGACUACGUGAUUUUAUUUGUUUUUGAAUAUCAGAUUGCGCCUAUAAAGAGAAGCCCCCAGAAAGGGGAUUUUUAUCCGCUCACAUUUGUAAAGCUGGUAUUUUAGACUUUGUAUAAAGAAGCGCCGUUGACUAAGUGUAUCUACUAAAAUGUGGACGCUGUUUUCAGAUGAAGCUUCAUCGAAGGGACGUGUCUGUCACCCAGUGGACGGUGACUCAGGGACACGUGUCCACCUGGCUGCCGCCUUCCUUUCUCCCAUCCUCUCGUGGCUGCCCUCUCCCUCCCUCGGGGCUGACUCUGCCCCUUCCUUCCGACGUGACGUUCUGAGGCCAGCCUGGUUCUGCCCCCGCCGCCCCUCUGUCCGCCGUCUGUCCGUGGCCGUGCGUGUGUGUGUCUUCUCCACUCGCUCUUGCGACGCUGACCUGGGGGUGGGGGUGGGCAGGGGCCAGGGCCUCGUGGCUGGGAGUCUGCAACGGCGCCGCAUGUGCGCGUGUGGAGUUUAUUUAAUUCUAGGAUUUGUACAAAUCUCCAAUCGAUCCCCGCCUCAGCUCAAGAGCGAAGCUUCGGUACCUAUCUUCUGCGGUCGUGAAUGUCUGUAUCCAAUACCGCUUUCUACGUGUUUAAAUAUAUACUUUGUAAAUAGA